GUCUUAGAAGGAUGCAGCACCCGAAUGCGGACACAACUCACAAGAACGAUAUUCGUGUUCUUAGUAUUGAUAAACACUCCUGUAGUGAAACGCCAAGCACUUCCGGCAAACGUAUCAGACGUAUGAGCCUCUUCUCCGAGGGCUGCAGCUAAUCCGGCGGCCGUGGAUGGAAGUGCAGAGAGCCGGAAAGAUGGGUCCUGAAAGAGUCUUACCGAACUCCGAAGAAGAGCUGGGCCAUGAAAGGCUAUCGGACGGGGCAGACUCAGAGAUCGGCGGAGAAUGGAGCGGCGAGGAGCCCGAGGAAGACGAAGGCGGUGCGGGAGAAGAUGAGGACGGGGGUGGUUACUACUAUCAGCCCCUGAAUCAAGAUCCAGAUGGUUUGUCGAGUUCGGCUCAGAUGGAUUUGCCCGAGGAGCUCGGCACACACGCUGAACAGCUGCAGGACGUCCAAGAAAGAAUCGAGGCUAUGGGUCUCUUCCUACCACAGCCCCCAGUGCCAGACAGCGACGAGGAGGAAGAUCCAGAAGGUGCAGCUGCAAGGCACAGCCGAAGUUCCAUUCCCAUGGAUGCAGAUCAUGUAGAGUUGGUGAAGAGGACCAUGGCAGCAGUGAAUCUGCCAAUUCUGGCCAUCCCUACUUGGGCUCAGGAGAUCUCUGAUGACCAAUGGAAGGACAUGGUCCAGCGGACCCUCCAGUCCAGGCAGAGUUCAGCCAGCCUGAGGCUGGAACGCAAGUGAGGGGGAUUUUGAGAGGCAGAAGCUGACCAUGGCAGACCCAAGAGCUCCACUGUUACCUGCCCUAAUGAUAAAUGUUUUACAUCUCCUAAUACCAGCUGUCCUCUUGUAUGUACAUCAGGUGACUCAACCAGUCGCAUGGUCUUUGUCUUCCUUGUUAUGUUGAUUUGAGUCAGUGGUGCUUUCUUUAGAACAUAGAGUAAUAUGCAAGAUGCCUUGUGGGAAAGCCUGUGUGAAGCAGACAGCUGAGAUCAAUGUGCUCCAUUUAGACCUGCCUCCAUCUCCCACAUUCCCAUCGGUUGUGAUACGUUUCCUUUUGGUUCAGUUUGUACUGAUUCAUGUUGGUGCCCUGGGCCGUGGCAUUUGGUUCCCAGGGUCUAUUUAUUGACCAUUUCUUAGUGUAAAGAGCAGAAUUUUAUCAUAAGGGUAAACUUGGCUUUGUUUGACAAGGUGGGUUCAACCAAAUAAAAAUAUUGACCCUAAA